UCAGAGCCUCGAACACGAAUCGAUGAAAGUCAAGGCUUCGAAGCCAUGAUGCUGCGAGGCAGCAGUUUCUGAGAGCUACCUUCCGCAGACAUCGCGUUGCAAGAUAGUCCACUGCAUUCAAUGGUUCGCCGAGGUGCAUGUGGUGCAAAUUUGAAUUCUGCGGAGUCCAAUGCACGAAGAAAAAGAAUGAACGAUGCUGGAACGUCGUAGAAAUGUCCGGAUUUGAGCUGGGAACCUCAUGGCAUUCUGAACUCUGGACGUAGGCACAAUGGGCUCCUUGGCGCAACUUCGUCUGAUUGAUGGACGGAUUUGUGGCCCGACUCUGCAGGAGAGACGAUUAUUUGGUCUCAGGCAUACGCACAGUGCGGUGACGGGUGGAAUCAACAGGUGCACUGACUCGACUGGUCGUGCUUUGAGCUUGAGGUGCGAAAAUCGAAAGAGAGGCGGGUUUCUGAAGCCCCUUUCGAGACCGUCGAGAAAUCUGUGGUUUGAUCCUCUGACGCGAGACGGCAAGUGCCCAACGACCAGAGGCGGAGCUGUAGAGGACGGAGCAAAGGCAGCUCCUCUAUCGGCUGGAGUUACAGAGCAGUCAGAAAAUGAGAAGGAAGAGGAAUUGUCGACCGCGACCUUGCUGUGGCGUGCCGCAAAGCUUCCUAUUUACUCCGUGUGCAUUAUUCCUUUGACGGUCGGAGCAGCAGCUGCAUACUGGCAGACUGGAGUCUUUAAUGGAUCUCGUUACUGGCUGAUGUUGUGGUCCUCUGUCUUGGUCAUCACUUGGCUGAACUUAAGCAAUGAUGCUUAUGAUGCUGAGACAGGGGUUGACAAAUACAAGAAGGAGUCUGUCGUGAAUAUUACUGGAAGCCAGAAAGGAGUACUUUGGGCAGCUUUUGGAUGCCUAUUUUGUGGCCUUGCCGGAUUAAUUACUGGCGCUAGUCAAGCUGGUGACAUGCGCGUGGCGUUUCUACUUGUGCUAGCAAUUGCUUGUGGAUAUGUAUAUCAGUGUCCACCAUUCAGACUCAGCUAUAAAGGCUUAGGAGAGCCUCUUUGCUUCUUCGCUUUUGGACCUCUUGCCACAACAGCGUUCUAUCUGAGUCAAGCUCAGGCAAGUGCUGCAGCCGUGCUUCCUGUUACUGUUGCAACAAUUGGAGCUUCUGUCCUUGUUGGCAUCACAACAUCUCUCAUACUGUUCUGCAGUCACUUCCAUCAGAUUGAGGGCGAUACUGCUGCAGGAAAAUUGUCUCCAUUGGUCAGACUUGGGACCGAAUCAGGAGCCAAAGUGGUACAAGGUGCUGUACUUGGGCUUUACACAAUUGUAGCGGCCCUUUCUUUAUCUCGCUCCUUACCUCUCACAUGUCCUUUCUUUGCUCUGCUUACCGUGCCAAUUGGAAAGCUGGUCGUCGAGUUCGUUCAAAAGAAUCAUACCAAUAAACAAGUGAUUUUUAUGGCGAAGUAUUUCGCUGUGAGGCUCCAUGUGGCUUUUGGAUUGGCCAUGACACUGGGCUUUUCCCUAGCUUCCAAGUUGCCGUUGCCUGCAUAAAAGGUUGUAUGUGCUGUACAUUUGAAAGAGAGUAUGAAAGAUUCUCCUGUCCUGAACUUGAAGACUCCCGUCAUCACUCUCAGUUUGGUGAACACGUGAAUCUGAUGGUCACCUGACUAGGCGCAUCAGCGUUUUCUGUCAUCAACCGUAGGAAAUAACUUCCAAGAAGUCGAAGUAGCGAUGGGUAUCUCUAGUGUAAGUCCCGUAUCCUAUACCCUUUAAGCCGUUUAAGUUAGUCCAGGAUUUUGGAAACAGGAGAAUAAUGAGAAGCAGCGGACAAUGUGUAACCUAUAUACAAUGUAGAAUUUAUACAAUCCAUAUUACAUUCUUGAGUAUCCGCAGUGCGUAUAUAAUUUAGAGAUCGACAGAUUCUAUGCAUUGAAGGUGCAGAUUUUGUACUGCUGUUAAACCAAGGUGCUGUGUAGUCCCAUCAUCAUCAUCAGAUGGGAACAUACAACUAUAAAAUCAUAGCUGCUCAAUCAAAAUGUAUCGUUUAGCAUAUUUAGUUUCUGAAUUACGUUGGUGGA